GUAGACAAAUAAACUUGUUGAUAUAUGUAGAUACACAAACGUGUUUAUAUUCAGUACAAGUUACAUAGAUCUUUUUUUGCUUCUGUUAGUUGGAAAAUGAGAAAAGCCCCUUGAGAAAAUAAUUGUGAAUUAAAUCGCAGUUGCAAUAUUGAAGUAAAAAAAAUUGCAAUUAGAUUAUUUUCCAAAAUCGUUCAGCCCUACUUUCAACUUAAAUUUAAACAAAAACAUUCAUAUGAACGUGUGAGACGGUGACAGAUUGUGGGAUAUCGAGUCUGACUCUCAGAUCCGACAGGAAUCGCUCUCCACCUCCUUGGCUGGAUAUGCAGGACAAAUGUUGAACAAGCGAUCUGUGCGGUCCUGUGUGCCCUCCUCCAGGGUGUGGUAUCCCUCCGCCUGUCCUGCUGGCUCAGGUUGGGAUGUCCAGUUGUUGUCAGAGACACCACCCGCUUCCCAUCGGAGACAACCUGCAAGAGGACGCCCAGUAGCAGCGCAGGUACAGACUAAAACAGAAAUCAGAAGCUGGAACGUGGAUCUGACUUUUCCUGCAUGUGGCUGAACUGAGUCAACAAGCUGCUGCUGCAGGAAACUUUUCCAUUAUUUUGUGGAUUUUUUUUCCAGCUGUUGCCAUGACGAACCGCUGAGAGCUGGUUGGAAAAUUAGACCUCUGGUGCAGUUGGAAACAUUUGGAACAAAGAAUGAAUCCCUGGAUCACCAACAACUCGCAUUUUAAAGCUCGAUUCAGACAAAACCUCCUGCGGAGAUAAAAGCCUGACGCUGCAUGAAGCUGAAAGAGUUUGUUUUUGUUUUUACUGCCAAUGCGUUUUCUUUACCUUUAACCCGGAGCAAAUAUUUUCUGAAUCCCCUAGAAGAAGACAGAAACGUAACGAUGCUCUUGAGUUUUGUAAAGAAUCCUUAAAUUCUGCCAAGAUGCUCCAUGAAAGUCAGAAAGCUCCGGUCAAACUGGGAGGAUUAGAUUUCGGGAAGGAAGGAGCUGCCUCAGAGGGGGAGAACCAGGAUUUAACGUCGCAAGAGCAGAGAAGCGAUGCCUUAAAUGAGGAAAGGGUCUUGGAUAAAAACAGCUGUAGAGCAAAUUGUGACGAGGAGGAGGAUUCAUCUCCGGAUGGACGUGUGCUUCUGCAGAAACGUCAGGACGUUUCCUUCGGUAGCAAAACCACACAACGCGAUGUUUUAUUAACUAUUGAUGCCAAACAGGAUGAGGCCAAAGAAACCAACCAGGAAGUGAAAAUCGGCCGUGAGAAAGUUGAUUCUGAGGCGUCUGGACAAGCUGGACAACUUCAAACCAAACAUCCCAUAAUAAUAGUGAAACAUGUUGGUUAUGCAGAACAGGACCGGGUGGAGAAGGACACCUCUCAUGUCUCUGUCCACCAUCCCGUCAUCCCUCCACCUCGAUCCACCCUCACCAGAGCCACCUUCUCUCCGGGGGACAAGCAGAUCCAGCCCCCGGCUCUGUUCAGGGGCCUGAGGGCCCAGAGGGAGGGUGGCGUCAGAUCUGAGCACCAAACCGCAGCUCAGACAAAAUCAUCUCCUCUGGGAGAGAAGAGGUCCGUUUCAGCAGAAAAACGGGACGACAUAAAGGCUCAGGUGGGAAUCCUGGACCAGAUCUCCCAGUUUCUGAGUCGGGAAAAGAGGGCUGAUGAGAAACAGGGUGCAUCUUUGGGGGAUGAACACCUCCAGGAUGAGGGUGGAGGAGGAUCAGACGGUGAAAGAGAAGAAACAGCAAACGUUUCUGAGCCCGUCGAGCCCAUCAGAAACGUCUCCAGUGCAGAGGCGGCCUUCGAUGCCUUCAAAGCCUUUUUCUCUCCAAAACCUCUGAAGAAAGACCCAGAAAAUGUCGACCUGGAGGCGAUGAGGAAGAAGAUCAGAACUGAUAAAGACGUGCUGAGGGCGCUUUUUGAGAAAAGCUCCAAAAAAACACCCGAGAAGAACGAAACAUCUGACAGCAAAACAGACGCAUGGUCUCCAGGAGACGGAGGGGAACGAACUCCUGGUCGUCUUCAUGCAGUUUGGCCGCCUUUGAAGGUGGAAAAGGUCGGGCUAAAGUAUACUGAAGCAGAGCACCAGGCUGCACUCCUGCAGCUGAAGAGAGAACGUGAAGAGGAGCUGGAGAAGCUACAGGAGGAUUAUGAACUCAAACUCUCCAGACAGAAGCUGGAAAACAAGGAAAAGAUAUUUCGCCUGGAGUCCGUUUUGAACGACUUACAAGCCAAACUGUCCCAGGUUUGGACCCAUCAGCCUGGAGAACAAAAAGACGAAGCUGUUUUCACAACAGACGACUUCCUGCACAAAUCUUUCCGCACAGUGGGCAUUCAGACAGACCGAGAAGCCUUCAUAAGAAUUUCCGAGGAUGAAGAUGUUCCCAGGAGAGCCUGCCGGAGGCCCCUGCUGCAGAAGGUGGCUCCAAAUAAACUGGACAUGGUGUCCAUCCGUCUCAGCCUGGCAGGACAGAAUGAUGAGAGCUUGUCCUCCUCUUCAGCACCCGAAACUUGCGUUCACCCCCUUCCUCCUGAAGAUAAUCAGCCUCAUUCAGAACCAGCAGGACCUACCAAACAGAUCACACCUCCUCUACCACCAUCUUUGUGUCCAGCUCCACCCCCACCUCCGCUUCCGCCUCCUCCCCCAGUACCAGGAGCAGCUCCUCCUCCACCACCUCCUCUAGCUGGGGGUCUCACUAUUGAUAAACCCCCCAGGAAACCAGCGUUGGAGCCUUCCAGACCCAUGAAGCCCCUUUACUGGACUAGAAUCCAGAUCCAGGACGACAACAACAACUCGCUGUGGAACAUCCUAGAGGAACACCGCAUAAUCAACGCCAGCGAGUUUGAGGACCUGUUUGCUAAAACCAUCACGAAAACCAAGAGAAAGCCGCUGUCAGAGGCUUACGAGAAAAAAGCCAAAGCAAGAAAGAUCAUUAAGCUAUUGGACAGUAAGCGUUCUCAGGCUGUGGGCAUCCUCAUAUCCAGUCUCCACCUGGAGAUGAAAGACAUUCAGCAAGCUGUUGUAGCGGUGGAUCAUUCUGUGGUGGACCUGGAGGCCAUUGAGGCGCUGUAUGACAACAGAGGUCAUCCAGAAGAACUGGAGAAGAUCAGGAAACACUACGAGACGUCAAAAGAAGAGGAUGUUAAACUGCUGGACAAACCUGAGCAGUUCCUGUACGAGCUGUCUCAGAUCCCUGCUUUUGCUGGCAGAGCUUGGUGCAUCAUCUUCAAGUCAACCUUCAUCGAUGGGAUCACCUCCAUUAAACGCAAACUCAACUCUGUCUCCUCUGUGUGUAAGGUUCUGUUGGAGAGCAGCGGCGUCAGGGAAGUGAUGGGGCUGGUGUUGGCCCUGGGAAACCACAUGAACGGGGGCAACAGGGUCCGAGGUCAGGCUGACGGCUUUGGUCUGGAAAUCCUCCCAAAGCUAAAGGACGUCAAGAGCAAGGAUAAUCGGAUUAGCCUGGUGGACUAUGUGGUGUCUUACUACCUGCACAACGUGGACAAGAGCUCCGGCACAGACAAGAGUGCGUUUCCUCUGCCUGACCCUCAGGACGUCUUCCUGGCAGCACAGGUCAAAUUCGAUGACCUCAGCGGAGAUCUAAAGCAGCUCCAGCAAGAUCUGUCGAAAUGUGAGAAGAAUGUACAGAAAGUCUGUUCAGAUUCUCCCGAGGAGCUCCUGCAGCCAUUUAAGGACAAGAUGGAGGCUUUUGUUCUCUCUGCUCGAAAGGAGCACGCAGAAAUGUCUUAUCAGCUGACCACGGCCCAGCAAAGUUUCCAGGACCUGGUUCUGUAUUUUGGACUGAAGCCCAAGCCUGGAGAGAAGGAGGUGAUGACCAGUCACCUCUUCAUGCUCUGGUUUGAGUUCUGUGCCGACUUCAAGUCCAGGUGGAAGAGAGAGAACAAGAACAUCUCAAAGCAGAGGCUUAAAGAGGCUCAGCUGUCAGUGAAGAAAAUCACAGCAGAAAAGAAAGUGGAGACACGAAAGAUCAACCCCAACAGCCUGAAACAGCGACUGCGUCAGAAAGAAACCAGCUUGUCCUGAGAAGUUCAGGCGGUGGAACCAGGAGGAACACAAUAAACAAUAUAGAUGUGUCAUGUUUGUUCCCACGUGUCUACUCGGUGCUCACUGCCGUUAGCUAAAUAAAAUGCUAUAGUUAAAUGUUAAAAGGCAUCUUCAGCUGUAAUUGUGAUACAAACAUUUUGCUUAGAUUCCCCCCCCCCCCCCCCCCCCAAAUAAAAUCUAAUCGGAUCA